AUGCCGUUCGGGCAAGGUGACGACGCCAAUGCUGGAAGAGAAUGCAAGGAUGGCCUCCUCUGGUUCUGCGACAUCGGAAGGUUUGCCGCCGGCGAUUUCUCCAUGGCCGUCGUUCAGGCUAAUCAGGUACUCGAGGACCAGAGCCAGAUCGAGUCCGGACCCUUCGGCACCUUCGUCGGCGUCUACGACGGCCACGACGGUCCUGAUUGCUCGCGAUACGUUUGCGAUAACUUGUUCUGUAAUCUCCAAGCGAUAUUGGCCGAGUCACAGAGUGUUGUGACAUCUGAGGCCAUUCAACAAGCGUUUCGGCGGAUUGAGGAGGGGUUCACGGCGCUUGUUUCAAAGUUGUGA